CAAAGGAUAUUUUGGCGUUUAUGAAGUACUACUUUGUGGUGUAUUAGGCACUACAGUAUCUCGAAACACAGAUUCAACGAAUGUUUUCUUAUACGGAAUUCAAUGUGGCAUUUCUGUCUUCGAUAGAAUCACUUGUGGGCUGUAGUUAUGUUGAAUUGAAAAUCAAACCUUACGAAAUUUUACCGAAGAUUAUUUCUGAACUUCUGAUAAAAGAACAUGAUAAUCAGCUAUUUGAAAUACACAAGACUAUUAAGCUUAUGGAAAUAUCAUAUUAUAUUCUUAUAUUCAGUCCUGACGUCAUCGCAUGGUUACGAAUAACAAUAUUUAUCGAUAUGGGAAUUUUAGAUGAGUGAUUUUAUUUUACAAAGACUAAGAUUGGAAAAUAUAGAACUGUUAUAUCCCGAGGAGAAUAAUGAAUGGUAACUGUUGGGAUCUAUUUCUAUAUUAAUAAUAUACGUAUAUUUUUAUCGUAUAAUUAUUAAAUAACUAAACUAUUCAUAUUCGUGUUCCUCUUAUCAUAAGCUUUGUUUUGACCUAUGAACUAUUAUUAUAUGAUUUACCAUUCUUGAGUUAUGCCCAGUUCAUCAAUUACUAUCUCCCUUAUUCACAGCUACAUUUGGCUAAAUCUUGCACAAAUGUUGUUUCCUAUUUUAUGGUACGAUGUGGUCUGUUCGGUUCGUAUAUAAACCCAGUAUGUUUGAAAUAAAUUAUUCAUAUCGCAGAG